GCGCCGCCGCCGGGUCGCGCCAAUGGUGGGUGGCGGCGGCGGCGGUCGCCAGGGGCGCCCGCGUCCGUCAGGGCGCGGCCAGCCAAUGGUGUGCGGCGGCGGGGCGGGGCGGCCGCGCGUGCCUUCGCUGUGGGCCCCGCCGCGCGGGCCGGGGGGGCGCGGGCGCCGCGCGGCGCCCGAGGCGAAAAAGUAGCUGUCAAAUGCGCGGCGCCUUUAACCGGUGCGAUCAGUGCGGCUCGGCGAGUCAUGGCGACCGCAGCCUCCAACCACUACAGCCUGCUCGCCUCCGGCUCCCCCAUGGUGCACGCCGAGCCGCCCGGCGGCAUGCAGCCCGGCGGCGGCUACCGCGACGCCGGCGCCCUGGUGCAGGCGGACUACGCGCUGCAGAGCAACGGGCACCCGCUGAGCCACGCUCACCAGUGGAUCGCGGCGCUGUCCCACGGCGGCCCCGGCGGCGGCGGCGGCGGCGGCGGCGGGGGAGGCGGCGGCGGCGGCGGCGGCGAGGCGCCCUGGUCGGCGGGCGCGCUGGGCCAGCCCGACAUAAAGCCGGCGGUGGUGCAGGCGGGCGGGCGCGGCGACGAGCUGCCACCGCCGCAGCAUCCGCCGCCGGGGCGGGCGCCGCACCUGGUGCACCACGGCGGCGGCGGCGGGCACCACGCGGCGGCGGCGGCGGCGGCGGCGGCGGCGUGGCGGGCGGGCGGCGCGGCGCACCUGCCGCCCGGCAUGGCCGCGGCCAACGGCGCGCAGGCGGGGCUGCUCUACUCCCAGCCGCCCGGCUUCACCGUCAACGGCAUGCUGGGCGCCGCGCAGCCGGCGCUGCACCACCACGGCCUGCGCGACGCCCACGAGGAGCCGCCGCCGGGGCCGCCCGGGCCACCGCACCACGGCCCCGAGCACCCGCCGCCGCCCCACGGCCCCCACCCCGGGGCGGCCGGGCCGGCGCCCGCCGCCGCCACCGCGCCCCCCGGGCCGCCGCCGCACCACGACCCGCACUCGGACGAGGACACGCCGACCUCGGACGACCUGGAGCAGUUCGCCAAGCAGUUCAAGCAGCGGCGCAUCAAACUGGGAUUUACCCAAGCGGACGUGGGGCUGGCGCUGGGCACCCUCUACGGCAACGUCUUCUCGCAGACCACCAUCUGCCGCUUCGAGGCCCUGCAGCUCAGCUUCAAGAACAUGUGCAAGCUGAAGCCUUUGUUGAACAAGUGGUUGGAGGAGGCGGACUCCUCCUCGGGCAGCCCCACCAGCAUAGACAAGAUCGCGGCGCAGGGCCGCAAGCGGAAAAAGCGCACCUCCAUCGAGGUGAGCGUCAAGGGCGCGCUGGAGAGCCAUUUCCUCAAGUGCCCCAAGCCCUCCGCCCAGGAGAUCACCUCGCUCGCGGACAGCCUACAGCUGGAGAAGGAGGUGGUGAGAGUGUGGUUUUGUAACAGGAGACAGAAAGAGAAGCGCAUGACUCCCCCGGGAGGGACGCUGCCGGGCGCCGAGGACGUGUACGGGGCCAGCAGGGACACGCCGCCGCACCACGGGGUGCAGACCCCCGUGCAGUGAACUCGCGGCGGGGGCGCCCGGCCCCUCCUCCUCCUUCUCCUCCUCCUUCUCGUCCUCCUCCUUCCCCCAACUUUUGAUUGUCCUCCUUUUUCUCUUUUUUGUUUUACUUUUUUUUAAUUUUCUCCUAUCUUUAAAAAAAAAGACAAAAAAACUAAAAACAAAAAAACGCUCAAAAAAAAAAAAAGAAAACAAAACAAAAAGCGAGCGAGCGAGAGGGCGAGCGAGCGCGAAUCACAGCAGACAGACAGACAAAGCACCUGCACCGGACUGUCCCUUAGACGGUAGCAGGUGCGAUGCUGUAUUUCGACCUUUCCAGGCGAGUGCCCGUGCACCGGAGUGGAGUGAGUACCGCGCACAGGCAGGCAGGCACCGGCAGGGCAGCGGCAGGCACCGGCAGGGCAGGCGCAGGGCGAAAGCGGUUCGCACAAAAC